AUGUCUCUCAGCGGAACCUCUGAGCGCAGCGUCCCGGCCACCAAGAUUGAAAUUACCGUGUCCUGCCGGAACCUGCUGGACCUCGACACCUUCUCCAAGUCCGACCCCAUGGUGGUGCUUUCCACGCAGAGCCGGGCCAGCCAGGAGUGGCGGGAGUUUGGACGGACGGAGGUGAUCGACAACACGCUGAAUCCAGACUUCGUGCGCAAAUUCGUCCUUGAUUAUUUCUUUGAAGAAAAGCAAAAUCUGCGCUUCGAUGUGUACAACGUGGACUCCAAAACUAACAUUUCCAAACCGAAGGAUUUCCUGGGACAAGCGUUCCUGGCCCUGGGAGAGGUGAUUGGAGGCCAGGGCAGCCGUGUAGAGCGACCCCUCACGGGUGUACCAGGCAAGAAGUGUGGGACCAUAUUGCUGACUGCAGAGGAGCUUAGCAAUUGUCGGGACAUUGCUACCAUGCAGCUGUGUGCAAACAAGCUAGACAAGAAGGACUUCUUUGGGAAAUCAGACCCCUUCCUUGUGUUCUACAGGAGCAAUGAGGAUGGCACGUUCACCAUCUGCCACAAGACAGAAGUUAUCAAAAACACACUGAACCCCGUGUGGCAGCCCUUCAGCAUCCCCGUGCGUGCACUGUGCAAUGGAGACUAUGACAGAACAGUGAAGAUUGAUGUGUAUGACUGGGACCGGGAUGGCAGCCACGACUUCAUUGGUGAGUUCACCACCAGCUACCGGGAGCUGAGCAAGGCCCAGAACCAGUUUACAGUGUAUGAGGUACUUAACCCUCGUAAGAAAUGUAAGAAGAAGAAAUACGUCAACUCGGGAACUGUGACGCUGCUUUCCUUCUCUGUGGACUCAGAAUUCACUUUCGUGGAUUAUAUCAAAGGAGGGACCCAGCUGAACUUCACAGUAGCCAUUGACUUCACAGCUUCUAAUGGGAAUCCCUUGCAGCCCACCUCCCUGCACUACAUGAGUCCCUACCAGCUCAGCGCCUAUGCCAUGGCCCUCAAGGCAGUGGGAGAAAUCAUCCAGGACUAUGACAGUGACAAGCUCUUCCCAGCCUACGGCUUUGGGGCCAAGCUGCCCCCAGAGGGACGGAUCUCCCACCAGUUCCCCCUGAACAACAAUGAUGAGGACCCCAACUGUGCGGGCAUUGAGGGCGUGUUGGAGAGCUACUUCCGGAGCCUGCGCACAGUGCAGCUCUAUGGGCCCACCUAUUUUGCUCCUGUCAUCAACCAGGUGGCCAGGGCUGCAGCCAAAAUCUCUGAUGGUUCCCAGUACUAUGUCCUGCUCAUCAUCACGGAUGGGGUCAUUUCUGACAUGACACAGACCAAGGAGGCCAUCGUCAGUGCCUCCUCACUGCCCAUGUCUAUCAUUAUUGUUGGUGUGGGACCAGCCAUGUUUGAAGCAAUGGAAGAGUUGGAUGGUGAUGACGUGCGUGUGUCCUCCAGGGGACGCUAUGCUGAGCGGGACAUCGUUCAGUUCGUCCCAUUCCGAGACUAUGUCGACCGAUCAGGGAACCAAGUGUUGAGCAUGGCCCGACUAGCCAAGGAUGUGCUCGCAGAGAUCCCAGAGCAACUGUUGUCCUAUAUGCGAACCAGGGACAUCCAGCCUCGCCCCCCACCACCUACCAACCCCAGUUCAACCCCAGCUCCAGAGCAACCCUAA